AAUUGUGUCUAGACAACUGUUGUUGUCUAGAUAGCUUUAUUGUAUUUUUUAACUAUGUAUCUGAACCGACUAAAAUUUUCGAGCGAGCCGUCAAUGAUGAAUUGAUAUAAGCUGAAAAGCCGCUGAGGUGCUUUUUACAUGACGGCCCGCUUAUUUUUCCAACUGAAACCUAUUCCAUAAAUCUUCUACUUCAUUUUUUUUUUUUAAUUUUUCAAAUUUGAUUUUGCCAUAAAGAAUUUCUGCAGAGCUCGAGCUAGCUCGCGAGCUGCAAUAAUGGGGAUUGUGAGGCAGGAGGCGACGCAGAAGGCGGAGCUCGAGGAAUUCCGCCGUAUGCUGCUAUCGUGCGCCGCGGUGAACCGGCGGAAGGAAGGCGACGGGCUAGGCGGCGGCAGGGACAGCGCCUUGCCCGCGCGCGGCGGCGACGUAUUGGACAGGAUGGUCUGCGUCACCAGCGGCGUAUCCUAUCUCGGCAUCGCUAUAGUGAACCAGCUCCUAGUCAACGGUUACUCUGUUCGAAUCAUCGUCGAUAAUGAAGAGGAUGUUGAGAAGCUGAGGGAGAUGGAAACUUCCGGUGAAAUGAGGUUGAACAACAGCAUAGUUGAAGUUGUGAUGGCCAAGCUCACUGAGGUCGAAAGCCUAACUGAAGCGUUUGAUGGUUGCCGUGGCGUCUUCCACACUGCUGCAUUCGUGGACCCGGCCGGGCUGUCCGGCUACUCCAAAGCCAUGGCUGAGAUUGAAGUUAAUACGAGCAAGAACGUGGCGAGGGCCUGUGGGCUUUCUCCUUCUGUUAGACAUUGCGUGCUCACGUCAUCUCUCUUGGCCUGCAUUUGGCACGACUGCUCUAGUGAUGAGGCUCCACGCCUCAUUGACCACAAGUGCUGGAGUGACGAGGCUAUAUGCGUAAACAAAAAGCUCUGGUAUGCGCUCGGGAAGCUGAGGGCAGAGAAGGCCGCGUGGGAGAUUGCUAAAGCCAAUGGCGUGAAGCUGACUGCCAUUUGCCCCGGGCUCAUCACCGGCUCGGAUUUCUACCGGAGAAAUCCAACAUCGACUAUUGCAUACCUUAAAGGAGUCCAAGAAAUGUACGUAUACGGCUUGCUGGCAACAGUAAGCAUCGACACACUAGCCAAGGCACAUGUGCGCGUCUUCGAAGAGAUGAAGAAGACAGCCCCCGGCAGGUACAUUUGCUUCGACAAAGUGAUAGAAAGAGGAGACGAGGUCGAGACGCUGGCUGCUGAGACGGGAAUAAGCGCGGCCCUAGUAACGGGGGGCGCCUCGUCUAGCAGCCGGCCUCGGUUUGAGCUGUCGAACGCGAAGCUUAGGCAGCUCAUGUUGAGACCGCGCCGUUGUGAGAAUGAAUGAUGAGAUAGGGUUAUAAAUCAAAUUUUGCUGUAUCAUUUGAAGAGCUUUAUGUGGUCUUGGUGUAUAGUGUAUGUACGUAUUACGAAUGUGGUGAAUUAGUGUAACACGAUGGAACAUUGUAGUUCAAAUAAAAAGAUAAUUAUAGCUUA